AUGGAGACGACGUUCAUCUCAAUCCACAACCUCGAAGAUGAUGCCGCGAUCCUCUACACCUCCGACUCCAUCAUCGACAUUCUCGGCUACACUCCAGAUGAGGUCGUCGGCCGAUCAGCAUGGGAGUUCUUUCCCAAGGACGAGCUGCCGUAUGCGCAGAAGUUCCACCAAAAGAAAGUGACAAUGGAUAAGGCCGCAGUGCUAGCAUACUGUCGGGUCAGGACGAAAGAUGGGGAGUGGAUCGGUUGCGAAUGCUGCUUUUCGAUCGUGUACGACGUUAUGAUCGUGUGCACUAGUAUCUACAAAAGAGGCCUGAGCAGUCAGAAACGUGCAUUGGAGGCGCCAGUCGUACGGCGGAUGUUCACAUCGUCACCGAAGGACCCGCGAUACCACAUGCUGUCACACAUCUCACACAAAUUCGCUCAGCCAUCGAAGCAGCAACAACAUGAACCUCGAGCGGCACUUUUUCUCAACCGAUUCACACGGACGUUAUCGAUCAUGUACGCAACGGCUGGCAUACAAGACAUACUCGGCAUAUCGGCGGACGAAAUGCGCGGUCGCAGCUUCUAUUACUGUAUAGCCGAGAAUUGCCUGCAAGACGCCGUCAAAUGUUUGGAGCAAGCGAAAAGCAACGACUCCAUCGCAUAUCUACGCUUCUGGUUCCGGGAUCCACGAUUAGACGACAAUCCUCCACCUCCGGAUGAUGAUAGCGAUGAGGAGAUGACGACUAACGCAAGCGUAGACAACGAAGAGGGCGGUGUGCAUCUGCGGAGUCGAAGCGGCACGUCCAACGAGUCGGCGGUAGAGUCCGGCGACAGCAUGGAUGUAGACACGGGUGCAGGAUCAGCCGACGAGACGCGAGACUCACGGAAUUCAUCCAACGACAGCACACGAACACCCGAUACUCACGAAGCCAUCUUCGGCGAACCCAGACAAGCGCAUUCCUCCGCAUCAUCACUGGGCGAAUCACCCGAUGCGCCACGGCCUGAACCUGUCGAGCUCGAAGCAGUAAUAUCUUGCGCAUCAGAUGGCCUCGUCGUCUGCCUCCGCAAAGCCCGCCCUGUCAUCCCAGCACCUACCCACCGUCCGUCCCGGCCCUUCUACGAGAACGGUCUCUUUGCCGCACCCUGGGCCGACGAACCUAUUGUUCCGCGCCCUGACCAGCGCUCCGCGGCCGGCUUCACACCUACCUUCGCGCCCUCGCUUGGCCCACAUGGCGCAUACCACAACGCCACAGCACCGCCUCGCGCCACUACUGCGAGCGACAAGACCGACUUCAUGAACGCGAUCCGGGACCAAGCAGUCUUCGCCUGGGCCUUGACAGGGAUCAACGGCACCAUCGCCGAAUUUGCGCAAGGCAAGCCGAUGGGCGAGUCGCUGCCGGCUGAUGGGCUGCCAGUGUGGGCGAGCGAUCGAAGACAAGUCGCUGAUGGUGAUGCGAGGAGUAACGGAUGGCAUAACGGACGGGAGAUGCUUGGGUCGGCGAGUCGCAGUCCACAGGACGGAAAGGUUGGGGUGGGAUUGUUUGGGGAUCCGGGUCUGGAUCGCAAGGGUGGGGGCGGGAAUGGGAAUGGAAGUGCUGGGGGUAGUUCGAGCUAUGGAGGCAGCGGGGGCGGGACACCGGGGAGUGGGCCGCGAUGA